GAGUGACGGUCAUAACAAUAAGUUGGUUUUAAUGAAAAAUCAGAAAAAUAUUUUACCACUUGCCAGUGUUACUUUUUUGGUCGAGCUGCCAUGUCUGUUUCUGUCAAUAAUCUAACUUGUCUUUGUAAAAAUUUCAAAUUAUUGGAAAGUUUUAUUUUGAUGUCGCACAGUCAAGGCAGCAGCUCCUGUAUUUGAAAUAAAAGAGGUUUUCUCAAAAAAAUGAAAGGGAUUUUACUCGUGCAGUGCAGGGAUAUAUCAGACAUGUCAUUUAACAUAUUUCACACAUCACACCUUGAGGCCUUAAAAAUAUUUUCUUUUCUAAAUCUAAAACAGUUUUGUCCAGUCAAAUAUACAUGGUAUAGAUCUAUAUCUUAGAUCUAUUUUUUCAUAAGUUCCAUUUCCAAUCAUUAACUUUACUUUCAUCAUGUGCAAUGCAAAGAAUGAAAGAAAUUAUUUUUCCCUUUCCCUUUCUUGCACUUUUUUAUAUGCUGAAUGUAUGCCAUGACGUGGGCAGGAUCAGUGGCGGAUUGUGACCAGGAGGAGACAAAGCAUUGGAGGGGCACAUCAUUGUUCACAAACAAUACAGUGCCCCUCCAAUUCAUUGUCUCCUGGUCACGGUCCGCCACUGGGCAGGAUACAACCACUCAUUCAAUGAACAAGGUUAUGAACUUAUGAUAUAACCUUGUUCUCUAGUAUUAGGACUCCCUGUCUGGCGAAACAAGGUUGGAAAUAUUUGGCCUAUUUUCUGUUCAUGGCCUGGGACAAAUGGUUGAUUUUUUUACGCUCUCAAUUUCAAUUCAUAUAACUUGGCUCGAUUGGAUGAGUAGCCGUACCCCACACCCAAAGUGCGAUGCUUGCCAAAGUUUGUUGACCCUUGUGAGCCAGCUAUACUGCCCUCUAGAUGGUUCCCUGUACCAUAGAGCAAUCUAUGUCUUUGCAUGUCUGACCGGUCCGUGUCAGCAGCACUCAUACAGUUUUAGAGUCUUCAGGACUCAGAAAAGAGUGGAAACCAAUCCUGCUGAUAUUGGAUCCAUGUCUGGACCUCUACAGGAACCGCUGAACGACGCAGCGACAUUUGACACAGAUUGGUGUGAUGAUGCGGAUGAUUGGGGUGAUGAUGAUGGAGUUGGAGAUGAUCAUGAAGCUCUUACUCAACUUCGAAUGAGCAAGAAGAAAUCUUUUGCAGCAGUUGUGGCGGCAAGUAGUGAUGAUCCAGUUUUACCAGCAGCCAACAACACCAUGACUCAAUCCAAUACCAGUGAACUUGAGCAUGGUCUUGAGCAACUCAGCUUCCAUACGGAAGGUCCCCUUAACCAACAUCAAGUUCAGCCUUCUUCGUCAAAACCAGUAUCUGCCUGGUCAGAAGUGGUUUCCGAACCAGUUACAAGCGACAAGACUGUUCCAGAACUCCUCUCCUACUUCAUCAAUGUGUUUGAUGAGCCUUCGGCGAUGAGCGAAAAUCUGUUGACGCACGAACAUCAGCUCAUGAGGGAGUACCAAAAGAGGGAGGGUGUCUCAUUAUCAGAAUGGCAAGAAGAUGCCGAGGGUAUGAGUGGUAGUGGAGGUGGUAAAGGUGAAGGAUACGAGAAGGUCACAGCCAAGCAUGGGGACAGAACCUUUGAAAAGUUUAUUAAGAAGAUCCAGACCUGCCCUGAACAAUGCAUAAGGUAUUGCUAUGGUGGGGAUCCUCUUUGGAUGACGGACUCCAAUCAACGGUCAACCAAUAUACAAGCCUGUCCUUACUGCGGUAGCAAGAGACUCUUUGAAUUUCAACUCAUGCCUGCCCUUCUACCCUCUCUGCAGUUUCCUGAUCAACAAGCAACACCUAUUGACUUUGGUGUGAUUGCCAUCUUCACAUGCUCAAGAAGCUGUUGGACUGAAGAAUGCAGUGACACGCUAAGGGAGGAAGCACUCCUAAUUCAGCAUGACCCAGACAGCAACGCCAUCGUUCAGGCAGAACAAAAGUUAAACAGAUCAAAGAAAGAUGAUUUUAAAUUAAUUUAAGAGAAUAAGGAGCCAGUCUUAUCAAUAACAAAACUGUGAAUUUCAAGAAAUUUAAAUUAUUGACGUUCACAAGCAACUGAAUGCAGAGUUCAGAAUUUGUCAAAAUUUGAUUAGGGUUUUCGGAAACUCAGUCCCACUGUUACCUUUGUGGUAUUCGGGUAAAGUUUGCGAUUUAUGACCAAGAUUACGGAACACCACUCUGGACUAGGGUAAAUUGUUGAUUGAACUACUAGUAUUCCCACUAUAAUACUUUUUUCUUCUCAUCCUGCAAGGUCUAAUCUUAUUUUGCCUACAAACAAAUUCAUCUCCUAACCACUUUAUCAAAUACUUAUUUGGAUCAACACCUCUUAGUUUUUAGAUGAAUUGAUUAUGAAUCUAAUUUGAAUUUGGGCUAUUCCAUAAAUGGUCAAUCUUUUUGUAUGUCUGACCCCCUUUUUUCUCUUUCAUUAUUUUACUUCUUGAACUGUUCAAACCGUGACACAAUUUGAGAACGUUGUUGCUGCUUCUAAUGAUUUUUUUUCUUCUCUAUUUAUUCCAAACAAAUUUUUGUUGGGGUGGACUUGCCUUUAAAUGGCUCCUAGCCCUGGUGGGUGUUUAAAAAAGCUGUUCGUAAGUUAAGAGUGACUUUAAUAACGACUGGUGAUCCUUUCUUGUUUAUGGUAGAUUCAUUGGCAAUGGUUUAGCUAGUAUAUAAGAAAGGAUCACCAGUCGUUCUUAGAAGUCGCUCUUAACUUUAUACAAACUGGUGAUCCUUUCUUGUUUAUGGUGGAUUCAUUGGCGAUGGUUUAGCGUUUAUAUAAGAAAAGAUCACCAGUCGUUCUUAAAAGUCGCUCUUAACUUACGAAUAGCUUUAUGAAACGGCCCCCUGGUACUCCUCAGGAAGCGGGGACUCUUCAUACAUUUCAAUCAAGCUUGAAUAUCUGGGAGAUCAUUGAUUAGCAAAUAUUUCAUGAUUUGUGAAAAGACAAUUCUUUUUGAGAAUAUAUCUUUAAUAAACCCUCACAUCAAUAUGCAUGCAGAUACACUAUUUAUUAUGUCCUUAUUGUCGUUGAAGAGUGGUACAUAAUAUUUUUUCCAGCCCCCCCUUUCCGAUGUUAAUGGCAGUAACAAUGGACAGUGUAAUAAAUUGACGGUGGUGAAUGUUCCUUCAUGGGGAUCGCUAUUUUAGUAAUAUGGCAAUGAUGUAACCUCAUACUGUCUGAAAAUAGUCUCCUAGGCAAAGAAGAUUGUUACUUUGUCAAGAAGUUUUUCUAGAGCUAUCCUCCAAAUUCUAAGUUACGAGGCAUUAACACCCAGGGGUCCGUUUCAUAAAGCUGUUCGUAAGUUAAGAGCGAACCCUUCUUACGCGCUUAACCAUCGCCAAUUCAAUAUACCAAUUACCACAAGAAAGGAUCACCAGUCGUUCUUAAAGUCGCUCUUAUCUUACGAACAGCUUUAUGAAACACCACACAGCUAUUUUUUUUGGAAAUUAUUUUAUAUAAUGAUACAAAAGAAACUGUUCCGAGAAAAUUGGCAAAACUUGAAAUGUCACAAUUUUGUAAUUUAUAUUUGGUUUUGAUGCAUUUCUCAGUGUUAUAUGCUGGUUUGUUUUCUCUCAAUAUAUUCCAAUCAACUUUGUGGUGGGGUGGAUUUGAUCUUUGAAGUGCAAACCACUCUGAUUUGAUUUAUAAGAUGAUUUUACCAUAGAGUUCAGAAAUGAGACAUAAUUUUCCUUCUAUGUUGAGCAUUUCAGCAUUGUGACCAUAUUUCAAUAAAGUUGAUUUUCAGUAGAGCAUGAUGAAAAAACAAACCCGAUAUAAAACAAAUUGGUUCACAGUGACCCAAUGUAUAUGUAGCCACAUGAAUACCUAAUGGGCCCCACUGAAAUCAUUGUAAUUUGGCCUUGUUCAUAACUACAAUUUAUUUGGAAACGGGCCAAUUUACACCAAUUUUAAUGGAGCCAAGUAGGUAUUUUUCGUGUAUGAUUAUUGAUUUCAAGUGCAAUGUUGUGGCUGGUGUUGUAAGUGUUGCCACAACACCAACACCAGCCUAAUUUCAAGUGCAGUGUUGUGACUGGUGUUGGUGUUGCCAAAAAAAAAACAAUGACACCAGCCUCAUUUCUGGUUUGCCACAACAAACCUAGUCUCAAUCUACUAUGGUCAACAAGGAAAUUGGUGAUCACUCUCGCAAAAAGUGUUCACUAGCUUUCUAGGAAAUUUGUGAUCACUCUCGCUCAGCUAGUCAACCCCCACCCACGAGAAACUAGCGAGCCCGCCAAUUUUGUCUUAUUUGCAUAAUGCAGACUCACGGCGAAUUUGCAUAUACCUCGGGCUCAUUUGCAUAUACGGAUCACCGGCCGCACCGUACACCGACGCACUGAUUGGUGAAACGCUUGACCAAUCACACAACGGAUCAGUGCCCACCUAUUGUUCCCGCGUUCGUGCAUACGGUCCUGGGGAUUGGUAUAAAUAGACUACGUUAUCAGAUAAUUUUCGUCACUUGGUAAAGAGUUGCAGCGGCACACGAAAGCUCGUGAACUUGUAAGCUAGUGAACACUUUUUGCGAGAGUGAUCACGAAUUUCCUUGUUGACCAUAGUAGAUUGCGAGACAAAUGAAUACCCUCUAGCGAUUAUUUCAGUCCGCAAUAAUGAACCUAUUUAGUAUUAUUAAACCUAGUCUCAUUUCAAGUAGUGUUGUGACUGGUGGUGUUAGUGUUGCCACAACACCAGCCUGAUUUCAACCAGUGUUGGGGCUGGUGUUACGUGUUACCAUAGAAUUGACACCAGCUUUCAACACUUCAACACCAUACUUGAAAUCACCAAUUGACUACAAUAAUGCUGAUCAAUCAUAACUGAACAGCAAAAUAUGAGAAAGCAUGUAAACUCAGACACGAUUAAAAAGAAUGACUACACAAGCAAAA